AUGGCCGCUUUCUCUUGCUCUUCUAAGCAUCUGGCCAACUCUGCAAGGCCGUCGCGUGCUUUUGGAGUGGCCAUUAAUGGUAGCAGCAGCAGGAUCACUUGGGAGGAGAUGGCAGAAAUGGUGUGGAACAGGGUGGAGCGGGAUCUGUUGUCUCUGAUUCUGGCGCUUGAAAAGAAGGAACGGAAACAGACGGGUGGGUGGUUCAGUGUCAUCUUGUCUGUAGUGUCCUUCAACGGCGAAAGGUGUUCCCUCGAGGGACGGAAGGCGCCUUCCGACGCGGCCGCCGAAGCCCCGCCGGGCCGGGGAACGGCGGCGCCGGGGAGCUGCAGUCCCGCCCCGGCGCAGGAGGUGGCAGCAGCCUCCCGGCAGUGGCCCGGAGGCGGCGCCAGGCUGAGGCGGCGCCAGGCUGAGGCGGCUCCGGGCAUCAUCGGCGAGAGCGGCGUCGGCAAGUCCAGCCUUCUGCUGCGGUUCACAGAUGAUACAUUUGACCCGGAACUUGCAGCAACAAUUGGUGUGGACUUCAAGGUGAAAACUAUUUCAGUUGAUGGAAACAAAGCUAAACUGGCAAUAUGGGUAAGUCUCUCAAAGCUGUUGACGCUGUAUUUGAGGAUGAUACUGCAGGUCAGGAGCUACUACAGAGGUGCACAAGGUGUUAUCCUAGUUUAUGAUGUCACGAGAAGAGAUACUUUUCUCAAGCUGGAUAACUGGUUAAAUGAACUGGAAACAUACUGCACAAGGAAUGACAUAGUAAAAAUGCUAGUUGGAAACAAGAUCGAUAAGGAAAACCGUGAAGUUGACAGAAAUGAAGGUCUCAAAUUUGCAAGAAAACAUUCCAUGUUGUUCAUAGAGGCAAGUGCAAAAACAUGCGAUGGCGUACAGUGUGCUUUUGAAGAACUUGUUGAAAAAAUCAUUCAGACUCCUGGACUGUGGGAGAGUGAGAGCCAAAACAGAGGUGUAAAGCUAUCAAACAAGGAAGAAGGAUAUGGAGGAGGAGGAGGAUGUGGUGGAUAUUGUUCUAUGUUAUAAACUUUGGGAAGCUUAUUCUUUGCAUAUUUAAACAGAUAGUGACAUCUUUCUGUACAUAAAUUCAUUAAAUGCUAUUUUUAGGGACCUUGCAGUUUGCACAUACUUGUUUUGUAUCAUGGCAGUGAACACUUGUAGGAAAAAUGUUCUGCAGCUUUCCCAGUUUGAAAAUGUUAUGGUAAGCAUGCCCAAUUUGCAAUCUUCGGGUUUUUAUAAGUAGCAUAAAUAAUGUGCAAGAACAAAUGCACUACAACUUUUAUGACUGUAUACAUUCAUCAUGUAACUACUCUAAACAAAUCCAUCUAACAAACACAUUACUGCAUUGUCUGCUCUCUGUCUUAUUUUUAAAUACUCUUGAAAUGAUAGAACUAUAUAGUGUGCACAGAUCUUGAAAACAGUGUGAGCUAUAAAUGUUACAUUUCAUUUCUUCCAGUAAAUGCUUUUUUAUGGUAUAAAAAAAGGCAAGAUUAUACAAUUCUUAGACAAAUCUGCUAAAUUUUUGUCUUUCAGCAGAGCUGUCUAAGGUAAAAAUCGGUACAGGUCAUAGUUGGUAUCAGCACCUUCUUGAAGAGAUGCUUUGAAAGCUUCCUUUGCAAAGCUGGGAGACACCCAUUUUUAUUUUUAAUUAUCACUUCAGUUGGUGGCUUAACUGGAGUUUUAAUCCUGUGAUAUUUAUAUACUAAAUUUGUGGUACUCUUGCACUCUAGGUUUUUAUGAUGCGGUCUGCUCUAGAAUUGCUGUAGAAAGUCUUCAUUUUUGGCAAGGGGUCUGAAUGACAUCUUUGUUCUUUCAUUGUGAAGCAAUUUGCCACACUUCAGUACAGAUGCCUAAUUUUCCUAAAUGUUUGUAAUAUAACUUUAUCUCAAACUGUAGCUCACUGUGGCUGUGAAGAUCUCUUAUCACAUGUCUGCUUUGUGCGGCUAAUUGUUCAGAAAUACAACUUCCUGUUACAGACACUAAAUGAGAAGCUGUAGGGCUUCUUGAUCUCUGUAUGGAAAAAUACUAUUGCAAUGAGUAUUCACUUGAAUUUACUGUAUCAAAGCCAAUGGUUUGUUUCAGAAGACUUGUAUAGACUAAUAAAUUUUUUUUUCCACAGUAUUCAACUUUUCUAACCUCUUCCUAUUGUAGAGUUGUAUAUUUUCUAGCACGUACAGUUUAAACAAGGUCACUUCUUACAGACAAAUUAUUUCUGAUUUCUGAAGGACGAGACAAGGAUUCUGUGUUGUUGUGGGUUUGGUUUUUUUUGAAUAAUCACUAUAGUGCAAUCAGUAACUGAACUAUUGGGCAGUUUCUUGUAAAUAUAGUGAUGACUACCUUUUAUUACUGCAAGGUUUUGUGUAAAUGUCAGCAUACGUGAUCUGUAUUUUGCAGCAGGUCUUGGCUACUUCUGUUAAAAUACACUUUAUUCUUCACACGGAAACUUUUUCUAUUCUGUUUUACACUUGCUAGAAAACAAUACCAAAAUUUGAAGACUUAGCUCUGCUAGUUUCUACCAAAUAUUGUAUCUAUAGUAUUGUUAAUGUAGUAGGAUAAUUUAAAUAUGUAAAUGUAAUUAAUAUUAAAUAUACAUACAUAUUGUAUUAAAAUGUUAGAUUUG